UUGCCCCAGCAACAACCAGAGACCCCAAGGCGAGCGUGGCCGCGAAGGUACAGCGCCUCAGAUCUCUCGCUGCCAGGUGGGUCCUGGGAGAGGCGCGAGCUAGGUCUGAUCGGCGCCCGCGGACAAAAGGACAAGACACUCUAGGCCCAUGAACUACAAUCCCCGCUGCCGCCUUCGCCUCUUCUAAUCGUUAGACACUCGGAGGGCCAUGGCUGAGGUGCACGUGAUCGGGCAGAUCAUGGGGGCCACCGGCUUCUCGGAAAGUAGCCUCUUCUGCAAGUGGGGCGUCCACACAGGGGCAGCAUGGAAGCUUCUGUCAGGCAUUCGUGAGGGCCAAACACAGGUGGACACCCCGCAGGUAGGGGACAUGGCCUACUGGUCCCACCCCAUCGACCUGCACUUCGCCACCAAAGGACUUCAAGGCUGGCCCCGGCUCCAUCUCCAGGUGUGGUCCCAGGACAGCUUCGGCCGCUGCCAGCUCGCAGGCUAUGGAUUUUGCUAUGUGCCCAGCAGCCCCGGCACCCACCAGCUGGCCUGCCCCACAUGGCGGCCCCUGGGCAGUUGGCGGGAGCAGCUGGCACGGGCCUUUGUGGGUGGCGGGCCACAGCUGCUACAUGGGGACACCAUCUACAGCGGGGCUGACCGCUACCGCCUGCACACAGCUGCUGGUGGCACCGUGCACCUUGAGAUCGGCCUGCUGCUGCGCCACUUCGACCGCUAUGGCGUUGAGUGCUAAGGGCCCCUGCCUCCAAUGGCUGGCCCCUACUCGCACCCUUGGACACCCAGUGAGGGGCAGGAUGGCACAGUGCUCAAGAGACUGUCAGACUUGACCUCAGUCAAGGCGUGGCACUGCUCCUGUCCUUGCUAGAACCUGGAGUCCAGUAACUGUCGCUCUGGGCCCAGUUUCCCUAUCUGUAACAUGGAGCCAGUAAAUACGUGGGGUCGCAGGGGGUGGGUAAGAAGAGGCUGCUUAGCGCUUGAGGGGUUCUCAAUAAAAGAGCAAUUCUUCCAGG